GCAUGUGGGCACAUUCCAUGACAGUACAGGAUUAUCAGGAUCUGAUAGACAGAGGAUGGCGAAGAAGCGGAAAAUAUGUGUAUAAACCUGUCAUGAAUCAAACAUGUUGUCCUCAGUACACAAUAAGGUGCCGACCUUUACAGUUUCAGCCAUCAAAAUCUCAUAAGAAGGUUCUGAAAAAAAUGUUGAAGUUUCUGGCCAAAGGAGAGAUUUCCAAAGGAAAUUGUGAGGAUGAGCCCAUGGAUUCCACAAUGGAGGAUGCUGUUGCGGGUGACUUUGCACUAAUAAAUAAAUUGGAUAUACACUGUGAUCUGAAAACACUGAGUGAUGACCUCAGAGAGAGCUUAGAGAGUGAAGAGAAGAAAGGGAAAAGUUCAAAGAAAGAAGAAUCUAAUGAAUUGAUUCAGUCACAAGAUAUAGAAGAGAAGUUGGGCUCUGGCGAGCCAUCACGUUCAGUUAAAGUUCAUACAGUUCCUAAGCCAGGCAAAGGGGCUGAUUUGAGUAAACCUCCAUGUCGAAAAGCGAAGGAAAUCCGAAAAGAAAGGAAAAGAUUAAAACUCAUGCAGCAAAACCCAGCUGGAGAACUUGAGGGUUUCCAGGCACAAGGUCAGCCACCAUCUUUGUUUCCAGCAAAGGCUAAAUCCAACCAGCCCAAAUCACUUGAAGAUUUAAUUUUUGAAUCUUUACCAGAGAAUGCAUCACACAAGUUAGAGGUGAGGGUGGUGAGAUCAUCUCCACCAAGUUCUCAGUUCAAAGCCACAUUUCAGGACUCUUACCAGGUCUAUAAACGUUACCAGAUGGUUAUUCACAAGGACCCACCUGAUAAACCAACUGUGAGCCAGGUGAGGUUAGUACCUGUCUCCUUUGAGGACCCAGAAUUCAAGUCGUCCUUCAGCCAGUCCUUUUCUUUAUAUGUCAAGUAUCAAAUGACCAUACACCAGGAUCCUCCUGAUGAAUGUGGGAAGACUGAGUUCACAAGAUUCCUUUGCAGUUCACCCUUGGAGGCAGAGAAGCCCCCAAAUGGGCCAGAUUGUGGUUAUGGCUCCUUUCACCAGCAGUACUGGCUUGAUGGAAAGAUCAUUGCUGUAGGGGUGAUUGACAUCCUUCCGUACUGUGUUUCGUCUGUGUAUUUGUACUACGAUCCUGAUUAUUCAUUUCUGUCUUUGGGUGUCUACUCUGCACUACGAGAAAUUGCUUUUACCAGACAACUACAUGAGAAAACGUCUCAACUCAGCUAUUAUUAUAUGGGUUUCUACAUUCAUUCAUGUCCCAAGAUGAAGUAUAAGGGUCAGUACAGGCCUUCUGAUUUGUUGUGUCCUGAGACAUACGUUUGGGUCCCAGUCGAGCAGUGCCUGCCUUCACUUGAAAACUCUAAGUACUGCCGUUUCAACCAGGACCCAGAUGCAGUGGACGAAGGUCGCAGUAAAGAACCUGACCGAUUGCAAGUGUUUUACAAGAAAGCCAUCAUGCCUUACGGUGUUUAUAAGAAACACCAGAAAGACCCAAGCGAGGAGGCCACUGUGCUGCAGUACGCGAGCCUGGUGGGGCAGGCCUGUUCGGAAAGGAUGCUGCUGUUCAGAAACUGAGAUGAGCCCCUGCGCCUUUCUGCUGUUCGUGUCGUGCUAAUGAUGCGUGCCACAGUCCAUCCUCACCCCUUGGGAAACACUGUAACUGUCCACAAACUAGACGUGUUAUUUUUGACUCUUCUAUGGCUUUUCUAAAACAUUUUGUGGUGAUGUAUUGGUGAGAAUCUCAUGGUUAAUGCAAAGAUUUUAAAAAUGUGUCCUGAUCUGGCUCCAUAAUUGAGAUCUAUCAUUUUGGAGGUUCAUUUCUGGAGCAGAAUAUCCUAACUUGUCUGUUAAUAUUUUGGAAAGUAAAAUUAAGAAGUGCAUCUAAGUAAUUAAAUCACAGUUGUACUUUUUUUGUGCCGUUAGAGAAAUUGUAACAGGUUGUUCCCUCAGAUCCAUUUAGUUUAUGCUAGGUAAACCUUAAGCAUGGAGAAGGUAGGAAGUUUGUUUCAUCAGUUAGAAAAUACAUCUUCUCAAGAGAACAAAACUGCUGUUAUUCUGUGUUCAAUAUUACAUUGCUGCCAAAUGUUAUAGUAUGUAGUUUAACAGAGAACUUGGAGAAGAAAAUACAAACAGUAAAAAAGGAUCUCGUAUUAGUGUCCGGUGUCCAUUAGACAAGAAUAGUCCUGCUCAUGUUUGCUAUCUUGGAAUGCUUUUUUUCCCCUAGAAUAAUUGUUACCAGUGUUCCCUUUUACUCUCAAAAGUAUCCCAAUUUGUACAAUAAAAUAUGUAAUUACUCUAAUUAUAUACUAUAUUAUUUUCUCUAUUUCUAAUAAUCUUAAGAAAUGGUGUUUUUAAUGAAAAAUAUUGGCUCUUGCCUUGAUCUAAGCCUCAUCCAAAGGAGUAGGCACUAAUUUUUUAUUUCUUAGAACUCAGGACAUUUAUCUUUGAUUAUUGAUGAAAGUGAAUAUCUGACUACUUUUAUAGUUGUGUGACAAAUCAAAUUUAAGUAAAUAGGAAUCAUUCCGACCUCUGUUCCAGGGUAUGAGGCGGAACAAUCCAUUUCUCGCCCUUUGAUUUGAGAGCCAGAGAGGAGGUGCCACCGUAGUAAUUAGGAGCAGACGCUCGCCCCGUCUCUGGCUCUCACUUUCUUUUGUUGAGCCCUUGCCCGCUCAGCACAUGUCUGCUGUCAUGGCGGCAGGCACUGUGCGGGGUUGGUACAAGGAAGAGAGUCAGACAUGACCGUCUUCGUUACAGUCGGGUUGUGUUGGAGACAAGAUGGAGAACAGAGCAGGCAGUUUUCUUGUGUCCUUUCCCAGCUGAUCCUCUCUUCUGCUGCCCCCCAGCCCAGACUUCUGUUUUCUAUUACUUGAUUUAAAAAAAAAAAAAAAAAAGCCAUAUUUUAAAACUCACUAGUUUGUUCCCCACUACUGAUCUUAAGCUUUUUUCUAAAAUUCACUGAAUUUCAGAAAAUAUUAGAAAAUAACCUUCAACUAGCUACAAUGAAAGGGGUCAUAAAAUAAAUGAUUUUUUAAAAAUGAAAAGCCUACAAAUACAACAUAUCAGUAAACUAUUCAUUCUUUGUGUGUGUGUGUGGGGGGGGGGGGUUGCACAUCCAUGGACGAGGUACUGGCUAAGCUGGGAUAGAGUAGUCCCAAAGCCAUUUUCUGUGAUCACAAGGGUUUUACAUUCUCCUGGGAUUUUAACCUUCAGGAUAAUCUCCUCAGAGCAUUUGAGGGGCUCUUCCAUGAAACUGCCUUCAGAAUCUAAAGAACAUUCUUUUCUUUUUUCCUUUAAAAUAAAGAUAGUUUCAUUUUAUGAUUUUAGUGAUUACAGAAAUGACACUCACUAUAAGCAGUUAAAACAUUAAGGAAAGUAUAAAUAACGUGAAAUCCUGCCAUACUCAAAAAACUGUUAAUUAUGUGUACACACACACACAUACACACACACAUAAUUUUAAUGUAAGAAAGAAUUAUGUCCUAAUGCUGUUUUGUUUUCUCAGCAGUAUCUGUAUUUUGAGAUAUUUCAAAGCAAGAUUUCAGAAAGUGUGGUACAUCACCUCGCCAUUACUAAAAGAAGGGGAGGGUUAGUACUUGUAUUGUGUGAGUCAAUGUCAUCGGCUGCUUUACUUCCGGCUGCCAUCUCCGUGAUUAGCGUGUAGAAUAGUAUGGUACGGAUCAACACUCUUGAGUAUCAGAUGAAGAGAACCCUUGAAUCCAUGUUCCUGCAACCCCGAUUUCUUCCUGCAGAAUUCACUUUGGGGGUCCUUCAGAGGAAAAUGAUUCAUCAUCUCUGUCUACAAACCGCUGUGCUGUCAGGAGGGUGGCAUUGUAGGUCGGCCCCAUUGAAACUUCAGAGUGCCCUGGUUGUGUAGUUUCGCACUUGGUUCCUAUACUCAUGCUCAUGCUAUUUGGAGAAUAGAUAGUGCCAUCCCGAUAGUCAGUGCAGCUCCAAAGGACAUUUAUUUGUUCGUUUGAGCCCUAGCUGAGUGAAUACCCAGCUAGGGUUAGACAGCACAGUCCAGGGAAGCAGCCUAAGUUUGUCAGCUGACAGGCAUUCUGGCUGAGAGAUCUGAUUUUGUGUUAAUGGCUUUCAUCUACGGGACACAGGCGGACCUUUCAGAGACAGUUUUUAUCUUUUCCAGGCAGGAAGCUUUGCAUUUGCAAUCUUAGCGUUGUAGUCCCCUUCUGAUUUUAAAUAAACUCACACCUACCUCCCUGUCUUGGGAGCAAAGGUAUAAUUUUGAUUCCCUGUGCUACCAUCUUUAUUUAUAUGAUUUCCGUUCUGGGAGGUUUUUGUUGUCUUAUUUUUUUCUAAAUGCAAUAUGAGCACUUUUUUAUAUUCUGAAAGAUAGAGGCUAUUAUCAGACGAAUGUGUUAUUCAUUUGAUUAAAAUGAUUUAGGUAAGAAACUAUUACUGUUUAUGUUUGCUUUCAGUUUGUCUUAUUUUUCAUUCAUUUUGCAAAUAUCAGUUGAAUGUGGUUUUUUAACAGAAUAGAAUCUUUUAUGUAAAAGAAGCCUUUCAGAUUUUUGAACAGCAUAUGGUUUGAUUUUAUAGGCAUUGUAUUAUUUCAGCAUGAUUAGAGAUGAGAAAGAACAUGAUGAACAGUUAACUAAACUGUUUCUAUUGUUGCUAACUUAAAAGAAAAGACAGAGACGAAGUGGAAACAGUUGGGAAAUGUUUGAAUUAGAAGUUAUUCAAGUAUGUAUUCUUUCCAAAGAAAACCAGUGACUCUUAAGGCAAAAUAAGUUUGACCGCACAUGGUAGUUUUUGCUCUUGUAUAUGCUUUUUGAACAAUCCGUUUGAUAAAGCUUGAAUGAAAAAAAAAUAAAGCUGUUUCUAUCUGCA